UGAGAACGAGAUAUGUCGCUGUUACUAACGCUGAUCGCAAUUCUAGUGUCACUGCUUUUGUUCGUGGCCCGCCGACGUCAUGGAUACUGGCAGAGGAGGGGUAUUCCGCACGAUGUGCCCCAUCCAAUAUACGGGAACAUGAAGGACUGGCCCAAGAAGCGACACAUCGCGAUGAUCUUCCGGGACUACUAUUUGAAGUACAAAUCUUCCGAUUAUCCGUUUGCCGGGUUCUACUUCUUUUUCACCCGGUCUGCUGUCAUCACCGACUUGGAAUUGGUCAAGAGGGUGCUGAUCAAGGACUUCAAUAACUUCGAGAAUCGUGGCAUUUUCUACAACGAGAUCGAUGAUCCGCUGUCGGCCACCUUGUUCAGCAUCGAGGGUCAGAAGUGGCGUCAUCUGAGGCACAAGCUGACACCCACUUUUACGUCCGGAAAAAUGAAGAACAUGUUUCCGAUUGUUGUGAAGGUUGGGGAGGAAAUGGAAAAGGUUUUCAGUGCCAAAACCGCCACAGGUCAAGGUCAAGUUCUGGAAAUUGUGGAUCUGGUGGCUCGUUAUACGGCUGACGUGAUCGGUAAUUGUGCCUUCGGUCUAAAUUGCAAUAGUUUGCAAAAUCCGAAAGCAGAGUUUGUGGCAAUUGGAAAAAGGGCGAUCAUAGAACGUCGUUAUGGAGGACUAUUGGAUUUUCUUAUUUUCGGAUUUCCCAAGCUUUCUCGCCGCUUGCGGCUUAAAAUGAACGUGCAGGAUGUUGAGGACUUUUACACAGGCAUCGUUAGGAAUACUAUCGACUACCGAUUGAGGACCAACGAGAAGCGUAACGACUUCAUGGACAGCUUAAUCGAAAUGUACGAGAAGGAGCAGGCGGGAAACACUGAGGAUGGACUGUCCUUCAACGAGAUUUUGGCACAAGCCUUUAUUUUCUUUGUGGCUGGCUUCGAGACCAGCUCUACGACCAUGGGAUUCGCCCUGUACGAGCUGGCCCGCAAUCAGGAUAUUCAGGAUCGACUUCGAGAGGAGAUCAACAGUGUUCUGGGCAAGCACAACAACGAGUUUACCUACGAGGGCAUCAAAGAGAUGAAGUAUCUGGAGCAAGUUGUCAUGGAAACCCUUCGCAAGUAUCCAGUUCUGGCGCAUCUAACGCGGAUGACCCAGACUGAUUUUUCGCCGGAAGAUCCAAAAUACUUCAUUGCCAAGGGAACCAUUGUUGUGAUCCCAGCUCUUGGCAUUCACUAUGAUCCGGAAAUCUAUCCCGAACCGGAGAAGUUCAAGCCGGAGCGAUUUACGGAUGAGGCGAUCGCCGCGAGACCCUCGUGCACCUGGCUUCCGUUUGGAGAAGGUCCCCGGAACUGCAUUGGUCUUCGGUUUGGACUAAUGCAGGCCUGCGUGGGAUUGGCCUACCUAAUCCGGGGCUAUAAGUUCAGUGUGUCCGCAGAAACACAAAUUCCCAUGAAGAUUGUCGUGAAAAGCAUUCUUCUGUCUGCUGAGAAUGGCAUUCACCUUAAAGUUGAGAAGCUUUCCAAACAACGCUUGGAAUUGGUUUCUCAGAUCAGUCUGCUCAAAAUGGCGAUCCUGCUCGGUUUGGUGGUCGGCGUCCUUACGCUCGCCGCUUGGUGGGUGCUCCAGAACUACACCUACUGGAAACGGCGAGGAAUUCCCCAUGAUCCACCCAAUAUUCCGCUCGGCAAUACCAGCGAACUUUGGAGAACGAUGCCGUUGGCCAGCAUCCUCAAGCGAACCUAUCUGAAAUUCAGCAAACAGACCGACGGACCCUUUGUGGGCUUCUACCUCUAUGCUAUGAAGUACAUCGUCAUCACGGACGUGGAUUUUCUAAAAACCGUGCUGAUUCGCGAUUUCGACAAGUUUCACGAUCGCGGAGUGUAUCACAACGAAAAGGAUGAUCCGCUGACCAAUAACCUGGCAACCAUCGAGGGUCAAAAGUGGAAAAAUCUGCGACAGAAGCUGACCCCAACAUUUACGUCUGUCAAAAUGAAGAGCAUGUUUUCCACGGUCUUAAACGUGGGCGAUGAGAUGAUACGCGUGGUCGAUAAAAAGCUCUCCAGUUCUUCGCAGACCCUGGAAGUCACUGACCUCGUGUCCCGCUUCACAUCCGACGUAAUUGGCAUCUGUGCUUUUGGCCUGGAAUGCAAUAGUCUGCGGGAUCCUAAGGCGGAGUUCGUCCAAAUGGGCUACUCUGCGCUAAGGGAACGUCGUCAUGGCUGGCUGGUGGAUCUACUAAUCUUUGGGAUGCCUAAAUUGGCCGUGAAACUGGGAUUCCAGUUCUUGCUUCCCUCGGUGCAGAAGUUCUACAUGAAAAUCGUCCAAGACACCAUAGAUUACAGGGUAAAGAGCAAGGUGACUCGGAACGAUUUCAUGGACACGUUGAUUGAGAUGAAACUGCAGUACGAUAAAGGCGACAAGGAAAAUGGACUUGCCUUCAAUGAGGUUGCUGCUCAGGCGUUCGUAUUUCUCCUGGCUGGUUUUGAGGCGGGAUCCACAACCAUGGGAUUCACACUUUAUGAGCUGGCCUGCAAUCAGGAUGUUCAGGACAAGUUGAGGGCUGAAAUCGAUAGUGUGCUGGAAAAGCACAAUGGUAAACUAGAAUAUGAUUCCAUGCAGGAGUUGAUUUACAUGGAAAAGGUGAUUAAUGAAUCGCUGAGAAAACAUCCUGUGGUAGCCCACUUGGCUCGCAUUGCCACCAAGCCGUACCAGCACAGUAAUCCCAAGUAUUACAUCGAGGCCGGCACUGGAGUGCUGGUGUCCAUCCUGGGCAUCCAUCAUGACCCCGAGUUUUAUCCGGAGCCGGAAAAGUUCAUCCCAGAACGAUUCGAUGAAGAGCAGGUAAAGAAGCGUCCCACCUGCGCUUUCCUACCCUUUGGAGCUGGUCCCCGAAAUUGCAUUGGACUCCGAUUCGGACGGAUGCAGGUCGUCAUUGGAUUGGCCCUGCUAAUCCAUAAUUUUAGGUUCGAAUUGCAUCCCAAGACGCCAGUGCCGAUGAAAUACACAAUCAAGAAUCUUCUGCUGGGCUCCGAGGGCGGAAUCCAUCUGAAUGUCACCAAGGUAGUGAGAGACUAAAGUGUUAUUUAUUUAUUUAUUUUCGUUGUUUGUUACUUUAAGUAUUUGAUUUUUAAAAUGUGUUUGUAAUGAUUUUAAAACAUGCUUUUAACAAAAGUUCUUAAUAG